AUGGCUGCUUCUCAGGUGCAAUCACUUCUCCGAUUCCUAUCGCAAGAUGCCAAAGUGCCCUUAGCGACGGCCAUGAGCAAAGUCAAUGAACUCCGCAAGGCAGACCUUACAACCGCCCAAACUAUAUCAAACGGAGAGCUGAAGACAUUACAGGAAAUAUUCAAAGACGAUAAACUCGCGAAGCAAGUGCUCAAUGCGGCAAGGAGAACGUCCAAGAAACGCAGUGCUCCUACAGAAAGCACAGGUAAUUCACGCCCGAAAAAGUCUAGACCAUCAUUACAAGGAGGUGCAGCUACUCCAUUUGCAAUUGAAAGUGCACUGGCCCUUCCAGUCUCAACAGCUAGUGAAGAAGAGCUGUCGAACAUAGUGCUGCUCACAAAUAGAGCACCACUAGUACUUGCCUUUGCUGUCUGCGUCUUGAAAUAUACAAUGCCCGAACAGCCACUCUCGAGUAGGCUUAGCCUGGCUCAAGCUGUUGUCAGCGCCAAUAGCCGCUCCAAAGCAGUCAGCUUAGGCCUUGAAGGCGGGAAAUCUGCUGAACAGGAAGGAUGGGGCGAGGGCCAACCAACAGUUUCGGUUCUGAAUCGAGACAUCAAAGUGCUGAAACGGUGGGACUACAACCCUCGAGAGGGCCGAUCCGCAGAGGGAUUUCAGGAUGUGGACCAUGAUAUAUUAGGGGAAGUUCGUACGGACGAUUCAGAAACAGCGCCGCCACUUUGGGGUAUCGACGUAGAAGCGUUGAAACAUGCAGAAUCUCAUGGUUCGGAAGCCACUGCGAAAACAAACACGGCACUUCCUAUCUAUACCCCUCAGUCAGCACGCUCAUAUCUCUUCAAAUCAUUCCUAAGAACCCCCAGCGAGGCUAAAAAGGAAUCAACGCCACCAAAAACAAAGAGCCCGACACAGGUCGAAGUGGAAAGGGGAGUCUGCCUGGGUUACCUCCUACGGUCCAUUGAUCUGUUGUGUCAAUCAUGGGCUCCCACGUUGAGCGCGGAUGAUCUAGAUAGACGUGCUUGGGCUUGGUAUGUCCGGGUCAGGCCCUCGGUACAUAGUGGAAUAGAAGGAUGGGGAGAAAAAGGAGCUGUGAAGCUAUCGGAGAUUCUGGCCUUGAGAAGACAGUCAUGA